GAUCUGUAGUAGGUAUUAAUAGUUUAGUGUGUAGUGGACAGUGGCCAUAAAUUGUGUCAUAGUGUUGUGUGAGAAUGUAUACUUGUGUGCUAAUAUCAUGUUUAUAUUUAAUUGGGGCGAAUGGCUUAGAAGUGCCAAGUGCGAUGCUAGAGGCUAUAUACCCCAAAGGACUAAGAGUCUCAAUACCAGAUGACGGAUUUUCAUUAUUUGCGUUUCACGGGAAGAAAAAUGAAGAAAUGGACGGACUGGAAGCAGGACAUUGGUCGAAAGAUAUCACCAAACCUAAAGGUGGCCGGUGGACUUUCAGAGAUAAGGACGCCAAACUAAAAGUAGGUGAUAAAAUAUACUACUGGACGUAUGUUAUAUAUAAUGGACUUGGAUAUAGAGAGGAUAAUGGAGAAUGGACAGUAACAGUUUUUGACUUUCCAGGUUAUGUCGACGAAGCUGGUAAUCCUGUUGACGCAGAUGGAAAGACCACACCAGUAACAGUAGCACCAACAGAAGCUAAUACAACUACAACUACUGAAAUGAACUCAGGAAUAGACAUUCGCUUCAGAGACGACUAAACAGCGGCUACUACGAGAUCUUAUUAUAUAGCAGUGCUCCUUAAAUGUUGCUUUAAUAAGUUACACAACAAAAAAUUAAUAUCCUUGUUUGUAUAGACAGAGAUCAUGUUUGUCUACGAUAUUUAAAAGUAAUUAGUAAACGAAUACUAGUACUUGGUCGCAAGUCCCCCGAUUUACCUUAUUCUAAAGCAAUAAAUAUUUCAAAAUCAUAAAUUAUGUAUUUUUAUAUUUUUUUUACGUUUAAAUACAUGCAUAACUUGUUUAAAAUUUGCAUAUUUGAUGUACAGAUAUAAGUUAGUUACUUGUGAUCUUGUCCUUAGUUUGUGAGUAUCUGUCGCGGUACCGACUUGUUAAUCAUGUUGUUUUUGUUGUUUACUUUGUUUGUUGGAGUUCAUUGCUACGAAGUGCCUCAGGCAAAGCUCGAAGCGAUCUAUCCAACGGGACUUAGAGUAUCCAUUCCAGAUGAGGGUUUCACACUAUUCGCAUUUCAUGGAAAACUUAACGAAGAAAUGGAUGGUCUUGAAGGAGGACAAUGGUCAAGAGACAUAAAUGUACCUAAGAAUGGUAGAUGGACGUUCUUAGACCCAAAUGCGAAACUUCAACUGGGAGAUAAAGUAUAUUUUUGGACGUACGUGAUCUACAACGGAUUAGGUUACAGACAAGACGACGGCGAGUGGACAGUCACAGAGUUUGUCAACCAGGAUGGUAUUCCAGUAAAUGAUAAUGGCGAAAUUAUUACAACAUCCACCGAAACUAUAAUACAAACAACUGCAGAUAACUUUACUUCAGAAUCGACUACAGAAUCAGAUGUACCCACAACCACCGAGCUAACAGAGCUGAGCACAGAAGAUUAUAAACCUACUGUGUCUACGACUAAUACUCCCGAAAUUACUUUGGCAACUCUUAUUAUUCCUUUAACCACAUCCAAAGAAGUUGUGAAAGAGGUAAAACCAGAGGCCAAUGCUGUUUAUAACAAGCCAAGCUGUUCAGAGACAGAAACUCAAAUAGGAUACGAUAUUUCUAUUAUAUUCUUCCCUGAUGAAUAUUAUUAGAUACUAAAUAAUAUUUUUGUAAAAAAACUUUAUCGUAUAACACUUGCAUAAUAUAUUUUUUCUUUCUUCUAAAUAAACUUACAAACUACAGUUAAAAUCCAUAUUACGACCAGACGUGUGUUCAUUGAUAUGAAAAACUCACAAAGAUAGCUUUUAAAACUGAAAUGUAAAUCGAAUUUGAUUAACAUUAAUUUUGUGAAACAAGAUAAAAAAAUACUCCAUUAAAAUAAAUCA